AUGAGCUUUCUUUCUGUUAUCGACGUUUUCUUCUUUUCCUUCUUCCUUUAUCUAUUCGUUUGUAGUCUUUCUUUUGGGAUCGCAAUGAGGAAGACGGACGAUUGCUCUAUCUUAUUUUUUCUCUGUUGCUGUUGUUUUUCUUUACCGACACCUAAAGACUUGUUUCUUAAUGGCUUGUUAACUUCUCCUUUUUCAUUUCUUUUUUUCUUUAAUUCUUUUUUCUUUAAUUCUUUUUUCUUUAAUUCUUUUUUCUUUAAUUCUUUUCUCUUUAUUUCUUUUUUUCAUUUCUUUUUUCCUUCAUUUCUUUUUUCUUUUUUUCAUUUCUUUUUCUCUCUUCAUUUCUUUUUCUCUCUUCAUUUCUUUUUCUCUCUUCAUUUCUUUUUUCUCUCUUCAUUUCUUUUUCUCUCUUCAUUUCUUUUUUCUCUCUUCAUUUCUUUUUCUCUCUUCAUUUCUUUUUCUCUCUUCAUUUCUUUUUUCUCUCUUCAUUUCUUUUUUUUCACCUCUUUCUUUUUUUUCCACCUCUUUUUUUCAUGUUAA